UCCCUGUUCUCGCGACAGCGGGGUGCCGCCAUCUUACCUGCUUGCCCGCUCCCUCUGUCCGGCUCUGCGGCUGAGGGGAGAGGGGGGGACGCGGUGCGCUCCGGAGCCGCGCUCGGGCCUCGCAGCUCGUCGGCCGCGCUGCCCUCCGCUCGCCGUGAAGGCGGGGGAGAAACCGCGGAGAGGCCGGAAAGCGCUCCCCGGCUGAGGAGAGGCGAGAGCGGGGCCCUCAGGGAGCAGCCGCUGCUCGGCUGGUUCCGCCCCCUUCGUGGUGCUGGGCCUCCGGCCCCUGCCUGGCGGCCUCUGCCGAACCGGGAGGCGGACGCGGUCUCGGCGGGUGAGGGCAGGCGCGGCGGGAGCCGGGGUCCCGGGCGGCGGGGCGGCGCGGACCCCGCCGCCGUUGUUGGUGCUGCUGCUGCCGGCGAGGCGGGGGGCCCGGGCCGCUCUGGAUGGUGGUUAAAAUGAUCAUAGAAAACUUCGAGGCGCUGAAAUCGUGGCUCAGCAAGACCUUGGAGCCCAUAUGCGAUGCAGAUCCAUCUGCCCUAGCUAAAUAUGUUCUGGCUUUGGUAAAGAAGGAUAAAAGUGAAAAGGAACUGAAGGCAUUGUGUGUUGAUCAGCUGGAUGUAUUUCUUCAGAAAGAAACUCAGAUAUUUGUGGAAAAGCUGUUUGAUGCUGUGAAUACAAAAAGCUAUCUACCUCCACCAGAACAGCCAUCGUCAGGAAGCCUGAAAGUAGAAUUUUUUCAGCACCAGGAAAAAGAGACAAAAAAAGAAGAGGUAGUUAAAGAGGAGGAGCGAGAGAAAAAGUUCUCCAGAAGAUUAAAUCAUAGCCCUCCUCAGUCAAGUUCUCGCUACAGAGAUACCAGGAGCCGUGAUGAAAGAAAAAAAGAUGAACGUUCUCGGAAGAGGGAUUAUGACCGAAAUCCUCCCAGAAGAGAUUCCUAUAGGGAUCGAUAUAACAGAAGAAGAGGAAGGAGUCGGAGCUACAGCAGGAGUCGAAGUAGAAGUUGGAGCAAAGAGAGAUUGCGGGACCGAGAUCGAGACCGGAGCAGAAGCCGGAGCAGAACACGAAGCAGAGGUACCAACAGUUGGUCUCUAAGACACGAAAGGGAUUUGGGAAAGCCAAAAUAUGAUAUGGAUAGAACAGAUCCGUUAGAGAACAAUUAUACUCCAGUUUCUUCUGUGACAAAUAUUUCAUCUGGCCACUACCCUGUCCCUACGCUGAGCAGCACCAUUACUGUUAUUGCUCCUGCUCAUCAUGGAAAUAACACUACUGAAAGCUGGUCGGAGUUCCAUGAAGAGCAGCUGGACCACAACUCCUAUGGAAGACCUCCGCUGCCAAAGAAGCGCUGUCGAGAUUAUGAUGAAAAGGGUUUCUGUAUGCGAGGAGACAUGUGCCCUUUUGAUCAUGGAAGUGAUCCAGUAGUGGUAGAAGAUGUAAAUCUUCCUGGCAUUCUGCCUUUUCCAGCACAACCCCCUGUAGUCGAAGGACCACCUCCUCCUGGACUUCCUCCCCCUCCACCAAUUCUGAGUCCUCCUCCUGUUAACCUUAGACCUCCAGUACCGCCACCAGGCCCCCUACCACCUAGCCUUCCACCUGUAACAGGACCACCCCCUCCACUUCCCCCAUUGCAGCCUGCUGGCAUGGAUGCCCCCCCAAACUCAGCAACUAGCUCAGUUCCUACCGUUGUUACAACGGGUAUUCAUCACCAGCCGCCUCCUGCUCCACCCUCUCUUUUUACAGCAGGUGUAGUACUGAGGCUUUGCCCACAAGAAACGUAUGACACAGAUGGCUAUAAUCCAGAAGCUCCAAGUAUAACAAAUACUUCAAGACCUAUGUAUAGACAUAGAGUACAUGCCCAAAGACCAAAUUUGAUAGGACUCACAUCAGGUGAUAUGGAUCUACCACCCAGAGAAAAACCUCCUAAUAAGAGUAGUAUGAGAAUAGUGGUAGAUGCUGAAUCCAGGAAAAGAACAAUUGGUGCAGGUGAUGCUGGAGUUCCUACAAAGAAGACUUGGUUUGACAAGCAAAGUUUUAACAGAACAAAUAGUCCAGGUUUCCAGAAGAAGGUGCAGUUUGGAAAUGAAAAUACAAAACUUGAAUUGAGAAAAGUUCCCCCAGAACUUAACAAUAUCAGCAAACUUAAUGAGCACUUCAGCAAGUUUGGAAACUUGGUCAACUUGCAGGUUGCAUAUCAAGGUGAUCCAGAGGGUGCCCUCAUUCAGUUUGCUACACACGAGGAAGCAAAGAAAGCUAUAUCAAGUACAGAAGCAGUAUUAAAUAAUCGGUUUAUUAAAGUUUAUUGGCAUCGAGAAGGCAGUGCACCGCAAAUCCAGACUACCACACAGAAGAACUUACUCUUUAAUUGUAGAUUCUUUGAACUCAGGUAUAAGGUUCAGGAGUUGAUAAGACUGAAGGUAAUACAACCCUUAGUUCAGCAACCUAGUUUACCGGUAGUGAAACAGUCUGUCAAGGAGCGAUUAGGUCCGGUACCUGCAAGUAAUAUUGAACCUGCAGAAGCACAGAGUGCCAACACAGAAGUCGCUCAGAAUGUGACUAAAUUAUCUGUGAAGGAUAGACUGGGUUUUGUGUCAAAGCCAGUUACUCCAACAACUGAGAAGGUUUUAUCCACUUCUACUGGCUUGACAAAAACUGUGUACAACCCUGCUGCUUUGAAGGCAGCACAGAAAUCUUUGCCUGUUGUUUCCACUUCCGUGCUAGACUCUAAUGAAGCACAGAAGAAAAAACAGGAUGCAUUACGACUUCAACAAGAUGUGAGGAAAAAGAAGCAGGAAAUCUUAGAAAAGCACAUUGAAACACAGAAGAUGCUGAUUUCAAAGCUGGAGAAGAAUAAAGUCAUGAAGUCAGAAGACAAAGCAGAAAUCAUGAAAACACUGGAAAUUUUGACUAAUAGCAUUACCAAGUUAAAGGAUGAAUUAAAAGGUGUAUCACCAGGAGGAGGGACUCCUUUAAAAAGCAUGAAAACUAAGACUCAGAUGCAGAAAGAGUUACUAGAUACUGAACUGGAUUUAUACAAGAAGAUGCAAGCUGGGGAGGAAGUUACUGAAUUAAGACGAAAAUAUACAGAGCUACAGCUGGAAGCUGCCAAACGAGGGAUUCUUUCUUCAGUUCGUGGUAGAGGGGUUCAUGCAAGAGGUCGGGGUGCAUCACGUAGCAGAGGUAGAGGAAUACGAGGCCGGGGUAGAGGCAGAGGAGUUCCUGUGCAUGCAGUUGUGGAUCAUCGACCUAGGGCAUUAGAAAUCUCUGCAUUUACAGAAAGUGAUAGAGAAGAUCUUCUUCCUCAUUUUGCGCAAUAUGGUGACAUUGAAGAUUGCCAGAUAGAUGACUCUUCUCUCCAUGCAGUGAUUACUUUUAAAACAAGAGCAGAAGCUGAAGCUGCUGCAAUUCAUGGAUCUCGUUUUAAAGGACAAGAGCUAAAGUUGGCAUGGAACAAGCCUGUUGCUAGCUUGUCAGCUAUUGAAACAGAAGAAGCUGAACCUGAUGAAGAAGAAUUUCAGGAAGAAUCUUUGGUUGAUGACUCGCUGCUUCAAGAUGAUGAUGAAGAGGAGGAGGAAAAUGAAUCUCGUUCAUGGAGAAGAUGAUUCAACUAAUCAAUGACUAUGCUAGAGCUGCACCUGUGUUGCAUUAGUAUUACCUAAUGUACUUCUGCAUCUUUGUAUUAAAAGGGGUUUUGUGAUGAAGUUGGAUUCAGAUAUAGACUAAAAUGCAGCUGGUCGGUUAUACGUUUGGAAAGAUUGAUGUUUGAGUUACAUUUCAGUAAAUGAUUGCUAAAGACAUCAUACUAGGAACAUAUGCAAUGUUUUUAUUACAUAGUUCUACAGAAAGUUACAGAAUUCUUUGGGUUCUUUGUAAUUUACCGAAUUGGUCGAACACAAAUGACCAGAACUUGUUAUAACAUAGAUAAUUUUUGUUCUAUUCCAGAUACGGGAUGAAAAUUUGCAUUUAAAAUCUUUGUGAAUGUUUUCAGAAAUGAAUAGAUAACAGUACUAAACUGAAGUCUCUAAAGUUAUGUAUUCAUAAUAUUGCAUAGUAGUAUGCUUAGGCUUUACUAUGUACUAGCCUUUUGUUGGAUUUGUGUACGUAUUUUACCUAUGGGUUUUAAUGAUAAAGUGUAUGACUGCUUUGCAUAUAAGUCCUUAUGACUUUAAGAUGUUAAAAAAUAAAGAAAUGGAAUGGUCUUAAAAAAAAAAAAAAAAGAAAAAAAAAAGAAAAAAAAAAAAAGCAAUAACCAAAAAAGCUGAGGCAAUGGUCCUUCAAA